AUGUCGACCACGUCAACAAUGCCAACCUCACCAUAUGAGCACAUUGACGACGUCGAAAGACUCGAGUUCUAUCGCCCAGGGGCGCGGGACGAGCAACUGGCCAAGUAUGUGGCGAUCAAAGUUGGCGUGGCGGACCACAGCUCCAAGGAAGUCGACAUUCUGAGCCAAUUUUCUGCACGUGCCGUCGAGAACGUACAGCUUGGCGGGAGUUUGAUCCCCUUGAUACUGGAUCGCUUUACCCUCGACGGACCAAAUGGAACACAUCCAUGCUCUGUCACUACGCCGGCAAGAUGCAACCUUGCUGAAGUCUCGGAACCAGGCUCUGGCCCGUUCCAGCUUCACGUCGCUAGAUCACUUGCCGCCCAGCUUGCUGUGGCAGUUGCGUACGUCCAUCGUCUGGGUUAUGUUCACGGGGACAUUCAUAUGGGAAACAUCCUUCUCCAGUUGCCGAGUCUCGAUCAUCUUUCCUUCAAGAAACUAUACGGAGAAUCCGAUCCGCCAGAGCCUGAACCUGUUAUCAGAUUUGAUGGACGGCCGCUCUCACCAGGUGUUCCGCCCCACGUCUAUCCGCCGAUCUGGCUCGGCAAGCCUGGCGAUGAAGUCACCCUCCCUGAAGCCAAGCUCGUCCUCGCCGAUUUUGGGACAGCGUUCUGCCCUGCACAGGAAUCAAGGUUCGAGUCUUACACGCCACUUCAGAUCCGUCCACCUGAAGCAAGGUUCGAGCCGACAACGCCGCUGUCGUAUGCAUCUGAUAUCUGGAGUCUCGGGUGUGUAAUUUGGGGAAUACUUGGAGUGAGGCCAUUCCUUGAUAAUUGGCUAUUUGGAACAGAUGAUGCCACUGCAAAUCAUGUCGAUGCCCUUGGAUCAAUGCCAGAUGAGUGGUGGGAAACUUGGGAGGGGAAGCCAAAGCGAUUUAGUGAAAAUGGGAAGCCAAGAAAGGGGCGUGAGGUAUGGACUUUUGAUGAACGAUUUCAAGAUGCGAUCCAGGAGCCAAGAAGGAGAAGGGGGCUGGAGGCGAUGGACGAUUCAGAAAGAGAUGCUCUGUUCAAGAUGAUACGGGGCAUGCUCGUUUUCAAACCUGGUGAUCGCCUGAGCGCAGAGGAGGUGCUGCGAUCGGAUUGGAUGAGGACGUACGCGAUUCCUGAAGCCGAGAAGACCUGGGGACGGAAAUUAUUCUGCAAUGACCUCGCGUCCACAAAUAGAUGCAAUGAGUAA